AUGGCUAACUUGUCCUUAAUUCUGAUACCGUUAUUCGUAUACCAAGCGGCAGCGCUGUUGCCUCCAAGAUUCCAAUGGAAAACUAUGGACUUUGCUUGGGAGGGUGCUGAAAGAGAAUCAGCACUCACUAACGAGUCGUACAUACCUGUCAACAACAUGCCAACUGGGAUAGCAAGGUGGAGGGACAAGCUAUUUAUCACCAUACCUCGGUGGAAAAAAGGAAUUCCGUCAUCUCUGAACUAUGUAUACCUGAACGGCACUCAGGAGGCGCCGUUACACCCGUACCCCAACUGGAAUGAGGGCUGCCUCUCUUCAGACGGCACCGUGAUCUCCAACAGGACUGUCGUGUCCACCUUCAGAGUAAACGUGGAUAAAUGUGACAGGCUCUGGGUCGUAGAUAAUGGAGUUAGUGAGAUGUCUACGGAUGUAAAACAAGUAUCGGACCCCGCCGUGCUUGUAUUCGAUCUGAACAAUGACAGCCUCUUAAAGAAACACAUCUUCAAGGAAGAAGUGUUGGCUGACACCUCUGUGCUGACCAGCAUUGCUGUAGAAAUUGUGGGCAAAAACUGUGAUGAAGCUUAUGCCUAUAUCACGGAUAUGGGGUCAAACGCCAUCGUAGUGUACAGCCUUAAGGACGACGAUGCAUGGCGCGUCGAGAACCACUACUUCCAUUUUGACCCCCACGCUGGGGUCUACAAAGUUGGCGGGAUUGACUUCUAUUGGAGUGAUGGCGUUUCGUCCGGAGCUUUGUCGCAACCGAAAAAAGAUGGAUACUGCGAUUUAUAUCUGCACCCAACUUCAAGCACGAAACAGUUCAGAAUGUCAACGAAACUUUUACGUGACAAGGAUGCGCCGAAGGAAGACAUAUUCAAUGGAGUGGAGAUUAUUGGUGACCGGGGUCCAAAGACACAAGCCACGGCUUGCGAUAUAGAUCCAGCGACCAACGUUUUGUUUUAUACACAGGUCUGCAAAAACGGCUUAGGAUGUUGGAACCUGGACAAACCAUUCAGCAGAGAAAACACUCCUCUGAUACUCAGCGACUGCAAUUUAAUGGAGUUUCCUAAUGACGUUAAAGCGGAUAAAGAUGGCAACCUUUGGAUCCUUAGCGACAGACAGUCGCGGUUCCUCUACGAGGCCAUGGACUUCGGCCAGGUGAACUUCAGAGUUCUGACAGCGCCCACAUCUACCCUCAUACAAGGCACGCCGUGUGACAGGAGGAGUUUCUUUAGUAAGUAACGGGAAAUAUA